GCCCCGCCAUAUCCUUUACCGUGCCGUAGUACUCUGACGUUAAUCACAUUACUGCAGCAAUACUUCACUCGCUGAACGAGCUUUACGCGCGCAGAGGAACCACCCCCGCGUCAGAGAUUACUGCGUCCGUGGGGUGCUUGCAUGGGAGAACAGACUUCUGCAUCUCAAUCUGCCCGUUCUUAUUAAGGACUUUUACUUUGAGAAACGGUGAUCAAGGCUGAUCUGGGCUCAUUGGAUUGGGUAGCCAAAAAUGUGGCGGUUAUCUGUCUCAUGGAAGGACAAAGACAAGAGGGGGAACGUCAUCUCGAUCUUUUUACUUAUACUAGGUCGUGUGCCCUCUCACUUGAACUUGAGUUUCUUAGGACACACACUGUCUUUGCAAGUACUUCCGAAUACUACUCAACUCACCAUGUCCCCUUCAGCUACUUUUGACACACCGUCUGCUGGCCAUUCAAACCGUCUUAAGAUCCUCGUACCUGAAAAAGUAUCUCCAGAUGGACUGGCUUUACUCACCCCUCACUUUGACGUUGACAACCGUAAAGGGUUAACGCCCACAGAGCUCAUCAAUUUGAUCCCUAACUACCAUGGCUUGAUUAUACGCUCCGAGACACAAGUUACGGCCGAAGUCGUCCAAGCUGGACGGAAGCUGAGGGUUGUUGCUCGGGCUGGCGUUGGAGUAGACAAUAUCGAUGUUCCCGCCGCAAGCACCCAAGGUGUUAUGGUUGUGAACUCUCCUUCAGGCAACAUCCUUGCUGCCGCAGAACACACUAUUGCACUCCUCCUUUCAACAGCCCGUAAUGUGGGCCAGGCAGACAGCAGUGUCAAGGCUGGCCGUUGGGAGCGAAGCAAGCUCGUCGGAGUUGAAGUUGGCCGUAAGACUCUCGGAAUUAUCGGACUGGGCAAGGUUGGGAUGAAUGUCGCUCGCAUGGCCAUAGGGCUUGGAAUGACAGUCAAGGCUGUCGACCCCUAUGCGAGCACCGAUAUGGCUCGUCAAACUGGCGUUGAGCUGGUUCCUGGGUUGGAGGACCUGCUUCCUGUGGUUGACUUUCUGACCAUACAUACGCCCUUGCUCGCUACAACGCUGGACUUAGUUGGCGAGGCAGAGUUUAAAAAGAUGAAGAAGACAGCCCGUGUGCUUAAUGUUGCACGCGGUGGUGUGUAUAACGAGGAGGCUUUGAUCAAAGCACUCGAUGAGGGAUGGAUUGCAGGAGCGGGUAUCGACGUCUGGUCUUCAGAGCCACUGGCUGCAGACUCGGCAGGAGCCCGGCUCAGUCAACACCCAAAGGUUGUGGCGACGCCUCAUCUGGGAGCUUCGACUGUUGAGGCACAGGAGAAUGUUUCAAUGGAUGUCUGUAAGCAGGUCCUUGAGAUUCUUCAAGGUGGACUUCCUACCAGCGCCGUCAAUGCCCCUAUCAUCAUGCCUGAAGAAUACCGCAAACUGCAGCCGUCGGUGCAGCUUGUCGAAAAGAUGGGUCGUCUCUAUACGCAACACUUUGUGCGCAGUAGAGGAGGAAUGAUAGGGGGUCGUCGAUUUGAGCUCAUUUACCACGGUGACUUAGCCGGGAUGUCUAACACAAAGCCUCUGUUUGCUGCUCUCGUCAAAGGUCUUGUGUCCACGUUCAGCGACUCGCAUAUCAACAUGGUCAACGCAGCACUCAUUGCCAAAGAGAAGGGCAUUGUGAUUAGCGAGACUCGUUCUGGCGAUUCGCCCUCGACUUAUGCCAAUCUGGUGACACUGCGUUCAUACCAGGCUGGUAGCAGUGGUAGUGAGCAGGUAAUUGAAGGCUACGCGAGUGACGAACGAGUCUUCAUCUCCAAGCUGGACAGAUUCAAUGGUGUGUUUACACCAGAGGGAACGCUCAUUAUCCUGCACAACUACGAUGAGCCUGGCAAGAUCGGAGGAGUAGGUAUGGUGCUCGGAAAGCACGGGAUUAACAUCAAGUUCAUGCAAGUGGCCAGUCUGGAUCCCGAAGCUACUAAGGGAGCCGAUACCCCGCCUGACCCGAAGGGUAAUGAGGCAUUGAUGAUUCUUGGUGUUCUCGGACCUGUGAGUAGUGAAGUCUUGGGGGAUUUGAACAAUUCUGAGGGUGUCCUUGAUGCAAAUAUUGUGCACCUGGGCAAUGUCCCUGAGAUCCAGAAAACUGUAUAAGUCCUUAUUCAUUUCGCUGUGCCUGUCAAGUCCCAGAAGAUGCCAACAGAUGAUCAGAAUAGCCCAAAAUCUUUUAUUUUUACCCCAAAAGUGUAUUCUCUUUCCCAGCACCACAUUAACUACCUCUAUAACAACUUGGAAUACCCAUUGACGCUGGGAACCUGAACAUUUCAAGUUGUGAUCAUGGUGCUGGUUGGCCACAUAGAGCGAGGAUACCUUACAGCAUGCUCUGAGUGGCAAUUGUGGCCAUGGGAGUGCUGGCUCAAGCAAAUUCAGUUGUGUAAGCCCUAUCGAUAUCUCGGCCAGAUAGAUCUAGGCAACAUAGAAGUAAACAAAGACAAAAUAAACCUUCAUUGUGCGACGAUUAA